AGAGAGCGCGUCAGUAGCAGUAGAGGGGAGCCGCCGCUGGAGCGCCGCAGUUUUCGCGCGGGGCGGGUGUUGUCGUUGUCGCGUCGUAACUUUCGCGCGACCAAGAGAGAAAAGUUGGAAUUAUUGCGGGGGGGAGGAAGCUCGUCGUGCACGGAGGAUCGCGCGAAAAUGCCGCCGAAGAAGCGAGAGAAGGAUCUCGACGGGCAGAAGGGACCUCGUAUGGAUCAAAUCCAGGCCGACCACGAACUCUUUCUGCAGGCCUUCGAAAAACCAACGCAGAUUUACCGAUUCCUCCGCACAAGAAAUCAAAUUUCACCAAUAUUUCUGUAUAGAAACUUAACAUAUAUGCGACAACGUAUGUCCAGAAGUCACAAAUCACGACGAGGUUUUAAAGUGGAUACCAUUUUGGAUAAAUUAAUAGCAAAAAAGAAGCACGAACAGAAUCUCGGUGUCCGCGGAUACAUGACUCUUACGUUCUUAGGAUUUUACGACAAAAGAGGUUGUGAUAAUAUUGUAGCUCAAGUAUCGCAGGACCCUGUCAAAGUAGAAACAUUGUUAUUGAAAAUCUGCCACAAGAAAAGAAAAGACGUUAGCUCGCCUAUCAUGCAAGUGUCAGUUGGUACGAGCGAGGUCCCGAUCAAUCCUUCCGAGAGUCAGCCUCCGCCAAAAGCACCCACAAUUUCCAUACCCAAUGAAUCUUUCAGCUUAAAUAAUGGUCAUAUAGCGAAGACUUAUAUGCUUUUGCUCAGGGUUUACUGCAUGUCUAACAAUGGCUGCCUUAUAACUAACUGUGAUUUAGAAGAACCAGCUCAAAAACGUCGUAAAUCAACCACGGGCACAUUAAAGAUUAAUGGCGAAGAAGUGAAACAGUACGGCUCGGAGCUUACCGUGUAUGACAAGCACAAUCGAUGCCUGUUGACUGACGGCGAGUAUGAAUUAGGUUUGCAGGAAAUGCAGACCAAUGUUAGGUCUAGCCCUAAGAAGCACAGCUCAUGGGAAACUGUGGCCGACAUCAAAGACUGCGAACCGUUCGACAUGUUUAGACAAGGACCGACGUUAAAAUUCCGGCUUAGUUGGACGAUGGAACCAAGCAACGGUCUGGUGGAUAGACCAAUACCGAUACCUCCGAUACCGAACGGUGACAAUAAAGAGAAUCGAUCGGCCAAUGCUGGUUUUGAACGUUCUUCCGUAAAUCACAAUAAUAAUAGCACAAAUAAUAAUAAUAACGCAACACUGCCAACGCCUAGUCCGCUAACGCCCUCGUCGAGAAUGAGCAUCUCCAACGAGAAAGUGGACGCUAACGCUAACGGAACACAGCAAAUAGUCUAUCAAUUUUUGUACAAUAAUAACAGCCGGCAACAGACAGAGGCCUGCGAAGACCUACACUGCCCCUGGUGCUCGUUGGACUGUGGCAAACUGUACUCGCUUUUAAAGCAUUUGAAGUUGUGUCAUUCGCGAUUCACAUUCACAUACGUGCCAAUUCCACAAGGUGCCCGAAUUGACGUAGCAAUAAAUGAAUGCUAUGAUGGUUCGUAUGCAGGUAGUCCUCAUGAAUUAAUUUCACAACCAUCUAGUAUAUCUUUUUCAAGGACAGGACCAACAAGACGUACUAGUGUGACGAAUAUUCUGGUUUGCCGUCCGAAGAGAACAAAGCCAAGCCUGUCUGAGUUUCUUGAACUCGACGAGAAUGAGUUUGAAAGUCAGAGGCCUUACAUCACCGGCCACAACAGACUGUAUCAUCAUACUGUGACCUGUCUGCCUAUAUAUCCCAAAGAGAUGGAUAUCGAUUCCGAGGGUGAGAACGACCCUAAGUGGCUGCAAACAAAGACAAUGAUGAUGAUCGAUGACUUUACGGACGUGAACGAGGGCGAGAAGGAACUGAUGAAAAUGUGGAAUCUACAUGUGAUGAAGUAUGGAUAUGUGGGAGACUGCCAGAUACCACUAGCUUGCCAAAUGUUCUUAGAGAAUAAGGGAAAGGAGUUGCUCAUGAAGAACCUCUAUCGCAACUUUGUAUUGCACAUGUGCAGCCUGUUUGAUUUCGGGCUAAUUAGCCCGGUGAUAUUGUAUCAGACCAUACAGAAAUUGCAAGAAAUCAUGAAGGAAGGUGGUGAGGAUGGGGACGUGCGUAAGGUUCUGCAGAAAUCACACGAGGCGCAGGUGGAGCAUUGGAGGGUUACAGGUGCACAAUCGAUGCAUGACGCGUCUAAAACAAACAGUAUAACGGCCAGUGCUAAGAUUAAUUUCAAUGACGGUUCCUCGAGCUCGUCGAACGCCAGACGAAAAAUGACAUCGGCCUCUAUGCCACUGGGUUCGCCCAACUCGCAGAACGUUAAGAACACGAUGCACAACAAUAUGCACAAUGUCAGUACGUAAGCGCAAAAAGUAAUAUACGUAAGCGAAUAAAUGACACGUGCUGUUGCCAUCGUCGUCGAGGAGCUAGAUUGUCAUUCACAAUAGUUCGAUGCACAGAAUUCCAUUGUCGGUACGAAUCCCGCCUUUUCACUGUUCUUCGGCGAUGCCGAAUCUUCUCCGACGAAGCAUCAUAAGCAAAAUUAUGCCCAAUGGUGUGUCCAAUUAGAAGAGAUACAAGCUAUCGAGCAGGCGGUUGAAUGAUUUAUCGGCAAAAAGUACAAAUUCUGUAGUGCAAGUGACAAAAGCAGCAGCGCAACGCGAUUCUGCUGCGCCGGCAUUAUCGAUGCAAGCUGGCGAGAACGCGUAUAUCAUCAAGUACCACCAGAAUUGAUACUGGACACGAUACUGGCGACAAACAAUAACGUCGCCACAUCCGCUAGUUCCAGAAACCGUCCCCGAACGGAGGUAGCUUCCAGUAGCUACUGAUCAGUAGUAGUAAGAUCGAUUUCGCGCGUUUUUAAUGCAAAUUGCAUCUUCUUUUUUGUACAGUAUUUGUUGUAGUAAUAUAAAUGAUUAUGCAAUUGACAUUUAUUAAACUGGAUAAUUAUUGUUUUUGCUGUUAGAUCGAGAUUUGAGAUUUAAUUUAAAGCUUAUAAAUUGAUUAUUAUGAAAUGAAAAGAAAGAUAACAGGGAGAAGGAUAUCUGGCGAACAAUUUUAUCUUGCUCGCUUCUGUGUCGAUGAUUCUGAUCGUGAACAAUAAAGCACGAUGUUUGCAAGCAUGCAAAUUUUAUCAUAUUCAUUUCUUUUUUAUUUCUAGUCAGUGGCGUUUUAUUAAUUCAACUUUUUAAAACUUCUAUUAACGUAACAUUUCAGACAAAUUUUGAUAUAGCUACAUAAUUGAUUUGUGAAACAGCGAUCCAGCAACAGCUAUUUCAAAAGCACAGAACUUUAUUUUAUCAUGUGCACUCUUGUAUUAUAACAGAAAAACAGAGAACAAACGAUCUCAGGAUUAAAAAAUUAAUUUUUAGAUGUGACUUUGGCACGAAUAAGCAUAAAAAAUUUUUUUCUAGUUCUACGUUCUGCUUGCGAGAUAACUCAAGAUUACGGAAUGUCUUUUUACAUCCGAUAGAUUAUUCUUUUAUAUAGCAAAAUUUGUACUUUACAAGCGGAUUGAUCUAGCCGAACUUUAUGAACUUUUUUCGUCCUGAAUUUAAUCAUUUUCAGUAUACGCUGAGUGAUGAAAAAUGCUACGAUAUAACCGGUUACAAUUUCUGAGAUUUCAAGUGUAUGUAUGUGUGUGUUGUGUGUUUGUGUGUGUGUGCGUGCGUGCGCGCGCGUGCGUGCGUGUGUGUGCAUACACAGAUACACGUAAAUGAAAACUCUGUGAGGCUGUAAAUUAUACAUUACAUUUUGUACAUCGAGACGGAUCGGUAGAGUGAAAGUGCCUUUUACCAAACCAAGCGCAGGCCUGCAUUCGCAGAACGACGGUCGACAAUAAUAAAUAUUGAAUAUUAUUAUUCAUCAUUAUUUCUAAAAUUUGUAUAAUUAUAUAUAAUCGAUUUCAAUUAAUGAAAUUUAUCACUUGCACGAUCAUUCUUUGACGAUCGUCGUUCUUUCGUGAGCGAUUCAGACCUCUAGUAUAUCAUAUUAGAAAUGUUAUGAAUUUGCGUGUAACAUGUACAAGUUCUACUGCCGUGGUCGUUCGAAGAAGCGUUUACAUUCCUUAUGCAUACUGUCUUUACAUUAUAGAUAGUCUAAUGAAAUUUUUAAUCUUAGAACGUGUCGCCGGAGUAUUUAAGUUCAAUGGAAUUAUCGUUCUCUUCGAGCGACUUCCAAUUCACUGUCCAUUAAUAUUAUUCAUGGUAGGUUGUAAAUAGGAAAUUAAAUGCGAAAAUAAAUAUGUGGACGUGAGAAAUAUAUAUUAUACAGCUAUCAUGUUUUUAUCACAA